AUGAUCCAGAUCGAUUCUGUUGGAUAUCCUAAAGUGAAAAAUGAUUCGGGUGCUGAAGGUGAAUUUAUGUUUAUAUAUGAUCGUAUUUAUAAGACCUCGCAUGCCGACGAUUUGACGGAAAAUGAUUGUAUUGAUAUUGACUGUACAAUCACAAGACCAUCUGUGAAAUUGUUAUCGAAAAUGUCGGAAGAGAACGAUAACGGCAGACGAGAAAAUUUGAAUGAUCAUCACCACCUUGCAGUACAUCAUCAACAUCAUGAUCGUGAUCGUGUUGAGCCUGGACAUAACGAGGAUAACUUAAGCGACGAAGAAACUGUUGAUGAAGACCCCGGCCGACACGAGGAUACUGCGGGUAAUCAAAAGGUGGAUUACGAAGAUCACAGUUUCAGACCUCACAGAAUGGCAGAAGAUCAGUCAAGUUCUAGUAUGGCUGGCUCUACGGCGGCUGCAGUAGCACUUGCUGCCGCUACAGCUGCAGCGGCAGCGGCUGCGGCGAAGAGCCCUACUGCCGCACCAAGUUUACAAAACGAAUUCAAUCCCGCCGCCUUCUUUCCACCACCAGGACAAAUGUCGAUACAAGCCUUUCAGAAUGCGAUAGCUCAAUUCACUGCUAAUGCGUUGGCCAACAAUAUGGAUAAUGACACAGUAGUGAAAAAUCUCGCAAUACUGCAAUCGGCACUAUUUACCCUUCAGCAGCAACAGUUUCUGCAGUUUCAAUUAAUCCAGCACCUGCAAUCUCAGCUUGUUAAAAAGCAUACAACUAAGGAUGAACCACCCAAUGAUUCCUGCAAUAGUUCCAUAUUCCACCACGUUAGCAAUAAUAAUAAUAACAACAACCAUAGCAAAAGGAAUGAGCCGCAAGAUUUACGGAAGCAGGAACGACCGGAAGAAGAUGACGAAAUUGAAGAGGAAGGAAUAGAAGACGCAUACAGUAAGAGCUACCAAAUGGCGAAUAUAAUGGCGGCCGCAGCCGCUGCUACUGCAGAGAAUCGUCCCGUUGUUCAUCCGGUUCCUGAAGAAGACCUAAGGAAAUCAAAGGUUUCUGAAUCGUUCGUCGAUAAGCGACCUACUUUAGAGCCUUCAAGUAUGCUACCGGCAACCACGGUACCGUCUAGUGCAAGUUCAUGCCUUACCACCUCGUCCCUUCCGACUACAACUCGUAGUAGUAUAUCCGAAAAGGACGAAAUAUUACCAUAUCAGGAUUCAUGUUUUUCAUCAUUAGCAGCUAAUAUCAUAACCGAUCAUGCUCCUUCGAUAAUGGGUGAACCAAAUUCGCUCGCCAUGCUAGAGAAAAAAGCGCAAGAAGUGCUCAAUUCCGCCUCGCAAGGUAUUCUAUCAAAUAAUUUGCUAGAUGAACUCGCAUUUGCCAACGAUAAGUCCUCACCAAACGGCCGGAAUGAUGCAGCUUUGUUUAAACACCGUUGUCGAUAUUGUGGUAAAAUAUUUGGUUCCGAUUCGUCACUGCAAAUUCAUAUCCGAUCCCAUACUGGGGAACGACCGUAUAAGUGCAAUGUUUGUGGAAGCCGCUUCACUACGAAAGGAAACCUUAAGGUUCAUUUUCAACGGCAUUCUGACAAGUACCCUCACAUACCAAUGAACCCGAACCCAGUUCCGGAACAUUUAGAUAAAUAUUUCCCGCCACUGAUUCCACAAGAAGCGCUAAAAGAACAACAACAACAGCAACAACAACAGCAGCAGCAACAACAACAAUCUCAACCUCCUUCAUCUUCGAUUCCUCCAUCUGGCCCUGCAACGCAAUUUCCGAGCUUAGAGCCACGAGGGUUUCCACAUAGAGCCUUUUUUCCUGAUUUCUACUUACCUCGUCCACCGUUAGAUAUGUUUAGUAAUGCUUUAAACGAACCACCACGAAACCCUGUAGAUCUUUCGCAGGUGAAAAAACCAGAGCCUCCUAGAGAACCCUCACCAGAUACGAGGCCGGAAGUUGUCCUAAAUGAAUCUCCACAAAUAAAACAAGAACCAAUGGAAGAAUCACUGGAUCUUUCAGAAAAAUCAUCAAAGACUGCUCAGAGAGAAGUAGACAAGGAGGAAGCAGAACAAGAUAAAGAAGAAAAUACGAAUCUUAAUAACAGUACCAGUGAAAAAGAAUUCCCAUUGAAGUUAAAGAAUAAUUCAGUUGAGAACUUGGCAACCGUUCCCUCUGUAUCUCCUCCGUCGAGUUCUUCAUCGGGAUCACUUUAUCAAGACACAGUGCUGGAUCCAUCUUUUUAUUCUGCUCAUCUGCCUCGUCCAGAUAGUAAUGAUAGCUCAUGGGAAAAUUUCAUUGAAAUAUCUUCUGAAACUUCUAAGCUACAAGAGCUGGUCGACAAUAUAGAUAGUAAAACUUCUGAACCUAACCAAUGUUUAGUAUGUAAAAAGGUAUUAUCCUGCCGAAGUGCACUUCAGAUGCAUUAUCGAGUUCAUACCGGCGAACGACCUUUUCGAUGUAAAAUUUGUGGUAGAUCGUUUACUACAAAAGGAAACCUGAAAACACACAUGAGUGUUCAUAGAAUUAAACCACCAAUGCGAACGCUUCAUCAGUGUCCCGUAUGCCAUCAGAAAUUUUCUAACAUCUUUGUUCUUCAGCAACAUAUUCGAUUACAUACAGGAGAGAUGACCGAUCUGACACCAGAUCAGAUCAAAGCUGCGGAAAUCAAAGAGUUUGAAGGUCCUGAUAUGAGACUGAAUCCCUUUGGAGUUAGACUAAAUGACUAUCCUGCAAGCAACCAGAACAAGCGUGGAUUAGAUCACUCAGACGAAGAGAAUGAUCAUGAUGGUCAUGAAGAAAAAUUACACAAAGUACCAGUUAAUGAGAAACUUAAAGUAAAAGCAGGUCUUACUUCACCAGCUAUCGAGAACCAAGUUGAAGAUCUUCGCGCAAUGAAUCUCCAGCGGUUGUCAGUGCGAUCGUUGCCGAACGACGAUUUUUCGCGAGACUCUGCUUCAGCUAGUCCAAAUUCGUCGGAAGCGAAACGUUUGAGGUCAUCCAGUCCGAUUGGUUCCGUGUCGUCUAUGGUAUCAAUAAGAUCUCCACUGUCCACACCACCUAGCUCGGGAGGAGAACAAAUUGGAGCAGGAGCGGCAGGGCGAGCAGCAGCAGCUGCAGCGGCUGUUGCGGCAUUUCCAUACGGGCCACCAUUCCUAGGGAUGCCUCAGUUUCCACCAUUCAUCAAUCGGCCACCUUUCUUGGGCAAUGUUCCAAUUGUACCACCCGGUGCCAAUAUGCCACCAUUUGGACUGUUCGGCGUACGUGGAAACACAACAACUUGUAAUAUUUGCUUUAAAACUUUCGCAUGUAAUUCCGCGCUCGAAAUUCAUUAUCGAAGCCAUACGAAGGAGCGCCCAUUCAAAUGCACAAUCUGCGAUCGAGGAUUCUCUACGAAGGGAAAUAUGAAACAGCACAUGCUCACACACAAGAUCCGUGAUAUGUUUGGCAGUUCGGGUGGCAAUUCAGGAGAUGAGUCACGCACACAAACACCGCCGCAGGAUUCGAAUAAUUGUGGGAGCAACUCCGCCGGAGAAGGAUUACCUGUUGCGGCCAGCAGUCGGUUUCCACAAUCUUAUUCACCAGGGCCUGUUGAGGUAGGUGCAGAUUAUUCCUCCGGAAGACGAAAACGGGAACGCUCCCAAUCCGGUAGUUACGAAUGCGCCUCGCCAGCUACUCUGAAACAGGAGAAGGAGAAUUCCAUUGAUGAGCAUGGUUCUAACAGCUUGCACUCCAAUGGAUCGGAAAAUACCUCCAAUAACAACUACCAGGAAUUUAUGAAUAAAGAUGUGGACAUCAAAAAUUGGUGCCAAACAUUGAAAGAGAUGCCAGAAAACAUUGCUGCGAGUUGA